AGCGAUUAGGAGCUUCGGCGAAGAGAGGACCUCCUUGGAGGUGUCCCGAGCUUUCGCCUGCUCACAGCCAGGAGGUGGGGGACAUAGUAUAAAAGUCAAGCCAGGCUUAAAAAAAAAUUAAGCUAUGUCAUAAUAUGCAUAAGUACUUAGGUUGAAUCCCUGUGAGGUAAAAAUUUUUAAAAAAAAAUAGGCGAAACCCCUCAGGCAGUGGUGCAGACGGCCUGCGGCGGGCGCCGGCACCGGGGGUUGGGGAGGCGCUCGAGGGCUGCCCCGGGGGGCUCGUCGCUGGGGCUCCUGGACUUUCCCAUCUUCUGAGGCUGACAUUAAAGCUUCCGUCUGCCAGACUCGGAAACGGUGGUCGGGAAGCAUGGGGAUCCGGGAGAGACCACCGCAGGAUUAGUGUCCUCGGACAGGAGCUCUGGAAGAGAAUGAGUGAUAUUCCACCCAGAAUGGAAGUGUGUCCUUAUUGUAAGAAGCCAUUUAAACGAUUAAAAUCCCACUUGCCCUACUGUAAGAUGAUAGGACCAACCAUACCUGCUGAUCAAAAAGUAUAUCGGUCCAAGCCAGCUACACUCCCACGUGCUAAAAAAAUGAAGGAGCCAAUGAAAGAUGUAAUUAAAGCUAAAGGGAGAGAGUUAGAGACAGAGAGUGAUGAAAGAAAUACUAAGUUGAUAAGGGACAAACCAGAACAGACAAAUAAAUCCUUUCCACUACUGGCUGUUGGUUUAGAAACAUCAAGUACUAAAAAGGCAGAUAAAGACAUCAAGAAUCAAAUUCAGCUCUCCUUCAAAAUGUCAAAAAUAAUAGAACCAAAGAUUACUUUCCAUGGAGAAACUAAGUCUCAGUGUCAUGCAUCAGAGAACAUUUCUCCUAAAAGAGAACUUGCCAAAAAUUUGCCUAAAUCAGAGGAAAGUAGAUGUACUCCUUCAGAAACUGAAGCAUCUUUACUGGUUGGCUCAAUGGAACCUUCUUUGUCAAAUCAAGAUAGAAAAAAUUCCUCAGCCAUACUGAGUGAUGUACAAACCACUUCUGUUAAUCUGAAAUUGGACAAAACUGAUCCCCAAAGACAGGAACCUCUAGGAAAAUUACUAGAUUCACCUACUGGUGAUUUCCAUAGUUCUUCAAAGAACCUCAGGGAUGAGGUUAAAAGAGUAAGCACACCAAUGUCCAGCAAUGAGAGCGGUUCCAAAGUUAGGGAUCAUCUCUCCGAAGUCCCUACUGAUCUUAGAGUCACUGAGACUAAGGAAAAGAGCACAGAACAAUUCAUCUUAGGCCUUAAAAUUAGCCCGUUAGGUAAAAUCCAAGUCAAGGAGAACCAAGAAGAAGGACUUAGUCUUAGAUUAGAGGCAUGUGGGAGCAGCAGAAAUGCACAGAAAAUCGAGUCUGCAACAGAAAUGCAAGAAUGGACUUUCAUGCAUCAUGUGCCCAAGAACUUGAGUACUGAUGAGGCAACCACAGAGAAGAAAUCUCAGGGUGAAGGUGCACAUUUCAACUUGUUCACUCCAAGGGAGACAGCUUACAAUAAAUUUCUUCCUGUGUCGCAGUCAAGUAAUCAAAGUCUUGCCUCUUUGGGUAUAAAAUUUCUCCAAGAAGAGAAAGCACAAGUUUGCAGUCAUAAUCCUAUUCCUGAUAAAAAAGCAUUUAUGGAGAGUAAGAGACAAGCUUCUGUGGAACCCAAAUCUGGCUGUGAGUCCCAAGCAUUGCAUGCUGGGUGCCAGCGAUCUUCACAUUCAGCCCAGCAUCACAUAUCUAAAAACCCCUUCGUCAGUCAUGUUGCUGUUGCUGACAGGAAGAUCCUUCCAAGCUCCAUGGGGCUGGAGUGGUUUCCAGAGCUCUAUCCUGGUUAUCUUGCACUAGGGGUGUUGCCAGGGAAGCCUCUGUAUUGGAACGCAGAGGCCCAGAAGCCUCAGCUCAUCGGUUCCCAGGGGGGAAGACAAGUUCCUUUGUUGGAAAGAAGUUCGACUGAUAAAAGGAGUUUGGAACCCCCGACCAGGCUUACAACCUCCAACUUUUCUCUAAUGAGGCUCUUGGGAGCUGUACAAAAAGGCUGGAUCAGGGGCAGCACCGCCAUAAAGAAGAGUGGAGUUGGUGGCAUCACAGUAUUCUUGACGGGAUCCUUCAUCUUUUGUUGUAGCUGGAGUUUCAGGCAUCUGAAAGAGCUACGGGACGCCCAGGCUACUCUCCAUCCUUGAGAAGAUUUACAGUGAAGGUUCUGCUCCUGAAGGCUGGAAGUAUUCACAGGCAUGCCUGAACACCCUGGUUGUAACUCACACACGGCCUGUGUAAAACCAUGGUGCUGCCCGCUUUAGUUUAAUCCUGAAUAAUAAUACCUGAAAUACUGAGUUUACUGGGGAAAGUGUAUUUUUUUCUACUACACACUAAAACAACUAGGCAUGAAAAAUAAAAUUAUUUUGUUGUAGGCUAUUUUACACUUUAUGGAAAACCUACAUAU